AUGUAUGCAACGAAGCGUCGUCGCAGAAAUACAAAAAAUUAUAAAAGUCCAUUAAAAGAAAAUCAAAAAACAAAUCCAAGUAAACGUCAUCGUGAACGUUUAAAUGGUGAAUUAGAAAAUUUAGCAUCAUUAUUACCAUUUGAAACAUCCAUAUUAACUAAACUUGAUAAAUUAUCAAUAUUACGAUUGGCUGUUAGUUAUUUACGUGUUAAAUCUUAUUUUCAAGCUACAUUUAAAAACCGUCAACAUUUACAAAAUCAACAACAACAAUAUGAAGCUACAACAUCAACAACAAGUUCAUCAACAUCAUUAGGUCUUUGUCAAGAAAUAUAUUAUCAUGAUCCAACAUUUAGUGAAGGAGAUUCAAUUUUAGAAGCUUUACAAGGUUUUAUUAUAAUUGUUAGUUGUGAUGGUGAAUUGUUUUUUGCAUCAAAAACUGUUGAACAAUAUCUUGGUUUUCAUCAAUCAGAUAUACUUCAUCAAAGUGCAUUUGAAUUAAUUCAUUCAGAAGAUCGUGAUGAAUUUAAAAGACAUUUACAAUGGAAUGAAAAAAUAACAAAUGAACAUCAAAAUUUAACAUUAGAACAAAUAUUAACAAAUUCAGAGCAUGAUCAUUUAUUACAAAGAACAUUUACUGUACGAUUUCGUUGUUUACUUGAUAAUACAUCAGGUUUUGUGACAUUAGAAAUAGAUGGACGAAUAGGAAUUUUAUAUGGGCAAAAACCAGCACAUACAUUGGAUGAUCAUCGUUCAUUAGCAUUAAUUGGUAUUGCUUGCCCAUUUGGACCACCAUCUUUAUUUGAAAUUCCUCAACGUGAAAGUUUAUUUAAAUCAAAAUAUCGUUUAACAUUAGAACCUGUAUCAUUAGAUCCAAGAGGAAAAUUAAUUUUAAAUUAUACAGAUCAUGAUUUAACACAAUUAGGUGGUGGAUAUAAUUGGAUACAUUCAGAUGAUUUAAAAUAUUAUUCAACUGCACAUAAAGAAUUAUUAAAAACCGGUACAUCAGGUCUUGUUUGUUAUCGUAUUCAAACGAAAGAUGGUCGUUGGCAAUGGUUACAAUCAUCAAUGAGAAUUAUUUAUAAGAGUAAUAAACCCGAUUUUGUCAUAGCAAAUCAUCGACCAUUAACUGAUGAUGAAGGUGAAGAAUUAUUUUAUAAACGUGGAACUGAAUUUAAAUUACCAUAUCCAUGUUUAUAUGAUUUUGAUACAAAUUUUAAUUCAAAUAUAAAUGAUGAUGAAAAUUAUACAUUAAAACAUCAUACAUCAUUAAUUAAAAAUUCAAAUACAAAUUUAUCAUUAACAAUAACAAAUAAUAAUAAUACACGUACAACAAAAAAAAUUUCUAAAACAACAAUUAAACAACAAACAAUUAAUCCAUUUACAUCAAAUACAUCAUCAUCAUCAACAUCAUCAUCAUCAUUUGAUCCAUAUUAUAAUUCAUAUCCAUCAGCAUAUGUUUCAUCAUAUCCAACCGAUGUAACAACAGCAAGUUUUAUUGAAGCAGCAACAAAUAAUUAUACAACUCAAACAAAUAAUCCAAAUGAUUUAUUAUUAGUUAAUGAUACAAAUCCAUAUAGUGGUACAUAUUCAAAUUAUUAUGCAGCAGCAUUACAACAACAAUAUCAAAAUAGUUUAACACCAUAUCAUGCUGUUUAUUAUCAAGAUACAAAUAAUCGUUAUUAUACUAAUCAUCGUACAUCACCAAUAAUAAAUGAACAAAAUUAUCAUCAACAUCAACAACAACCACAACAACAACCACAGCAUACACAUGAAAAUUAUUUAAUUGAUACAAAUAAUACAAAUAAUCCAUAUUCAUAUUAUUUAUAUAAUAAAAAUCCUUCAACUACAAAUCAUGGACAUGAUUCAAAUAACAAUCUUUCUUUAUUUGAUGUUUCAUUACCAUCACCUAUUCAUCAUUCUGUUAUAAAACAUUCGGCUAAAAGAUAG